GUCUCGAAUUAUUUAAGAAACAACCCUGGGUUAUUUAUGCUAAAAAAAACAGUACAAAUUACAUUCAUUGUAUACUAGAUGCAACAAAAGGUCCUCCAGUAGAGGAAUAUUUGGCAAUGUGAAAAUAGCCAGUUGCAGCUGGUUAAAUCAUGUGGCACAACAUAUGAGCCAUAAAAAACCUAGUUCCACAGCAUUACAACAGGUUACUCGACUCUCUGAAAACUGCGAAGAGACACCGGAUCCCAGGGGGGUGAACACGUAUAAAAUCAACCUGAGUGAUUUCAAGGUUUUAAUUUGAGGCAGUUUUUUAUGAUAUAUUGAUAAAAUGACGAGUAGUGCUGUAGACCUUGUCGAAACCAUAUACCAACUGCCAUACGAUGAGAAACCCCCCAUGAGCCAGGGCAUGCAGUUAGAACCGACGGAAAUGGAAGUUGUGCUGCCCGACUGGAAAAACAAGGUUUUCGGAUGUGCAGCCUGCUCGUACAGCACGGACGUCGCGAGCCGGCUCGAGCGUCACAUGCGGCGUCACACAGGCGAAAAGCCAUACGCCUGUAAAGAAUGCAGCUACAGAGGUACAGACGCAGGCCUGCUGAAACGCCACAUGAGGACCCACACGGGCGAAAAGCCUUUUUCCUGUUCCCUCUGCGAGUACCGCUGUGCUCAGGCCUGCACCCUCAAAGAGCACAUGAUGGUCCACACGGGGAAAAAGCCGUUUGUCUGCAGCGAAUGCGACUACCAGUGCAGCAGGGCUUGCAGGCUGAAAAUACACAUGCUGAAGCACACGGGCGUCAAGCUGGAAAACGUUCAAGGAUCGAGUAAAUCAAAUUGGGGCCAUAAACUUUUAACUACUGAUUGAUUCUCCUAUGAUUUGAAGCAAAAAUGGAGGCUUAUUAUUUAUUAGUUUGUCUUAAAUAUAUCGUAAUUUAUUCUGUUA